AGGAGGUGGUAGUGGUGGCUGGAGUCAGGCAGGAGCUCUCGGAGCCAGGAGGGACCCCGCCAGCCGCCAUGGAGCGGAAGAGCGCUUUUCCUUUGGGCCAAGCUUCCCCGGGAAGAGACAGGACCCUGAGUCACUUCAGAUCUGUAGUGAAUCAAUCCACCUGAGGAAAACCAGGGAUGUUUCCUCCUCUCCCUGCCCUCCAAAGCCCAAGCGGUAAGAAGUUCCGCAGCAAACCCCAGCUGGCACGCUACCUGGGCAGCUCCAUGGAUCUUGGCACUUUUGACUUCCGCACAGGAAAGAUGCUGAUGAAUAAAAUGAACAAGAACAGGCAGAGGAUGCGCUAUGACUGUUCCAACCAAGCAAAAGGCAAGCCGGAUCUGAACACGGCCCUGCCUGUCAGACAGACAGCCUCCAUCUUCAAACAGCCCGUCACCAAGAUCACAAACCAUCCCAGCAACAAGGUGAAGAGCGAUCCUCAGAAAGCCGUGGACCAGCCCCGGCAGCUCUUCUGGGAGAAGAAGUUAAGCGGACUGAAUGCUUUUGACAUUGCAGAGGAGCUGGUGAAAACAAUGGACCUUCCCAAGGGUUUGCAAGGGGUCGGGCCUGGCUGCACUGACGAAACCCUUCUCUCUGCUAUCGCUAGUGCCCUGCACACGAGCACCAUGCCCAUCACGGGCCAGCUUUCGGCAGCCGUGGAGAAGAAUCCCGGCGUCUGGCUGAACACCUCGCAACCGCUUUGCAAAGCGUUUAUGGUGACAGAUGAAGAUAUUAGGAAGCAAGAGGAGCUGGUGCAGCAGGUGAGGAAGAGGCUGGAGGAAGCGCUGAUGGCCGACAUGCUUGCCCACGUCGAGGAAAUAGCGAGAGAUGGAGAAGCUCCUUCAGAGAAAGAAGGAGGCGAGGAAGAAGAAGAGGAAGAGGAGGAGGAGGAGCAGGACCAUGACCAGGAGAUGGAGAAUGUAUAGUCCAGGGAGUUCCAUCUAAGAAUUCCCAGUAUAAACCCUAUCAGCAGGGUCAGCACAACUAUUUACAAAGCCAAGAGUGUCUGCCGAGUCAAUUGUACCAAGAACCCAACCGUACCUGUGAGCGUUUGAUGUCCACAUGAGGAAACGUUGAGAAGCUGAUGGUUCAUUAAGUGCUGGGUAGUUUUGAAGAUGGAACUUGAUUUAAACUCCACUCCCCUUCCUUUUUCUAAAGGGGUAGGGUAAUGGGGAAUGCAAAAGGGGGAGGGAAUAAAGGAAUAUAAAAUAGUGGGAGGGAAAAUACUAGGAACCAAAUUUCCUGUUGUUUUUUCUGUUGUGGGUCAGUGAUAUGUGAUACGUUUUAAAGCUUUUCUAUCAAAGUACCUUUAACGGUGACCCAGGGAAACAAUUUUCUCUCGAACACAAGCGAGAGAAAUGCUGUUUCGCUCCUUGGCUUCUCUGCUGUAGGCUAUCUGUUUGUACCGGACUGUAGGGAGGUCAUUUUAAGCUGUGGAUUGUCAUUCCAUGUGUCAGUUUGGGUCACGGAAUGUCCUUUUCCUCACAAGACCACAUUGGUCUUGGAAGUGUAGUCUCAGAGAUGAACUGCCAGCGCCUCUUCCACCUGAAGUUUCGAUUAGUGGAAGAAGUUACACUUGAGGAAUUGGUCUUAAGGUCAAUGGCAAUCGGUUUUUAGUUCCAGCACCACAAGGAGUGCACGGGUUUGAUUCAGAGUUGCGUGCAUGUCCGAACGCAGAGUUUCAACAAUAAAUACACCCACUCUGUGGUGUAGUUUGCUUCUGGUUCAAGUCAGGUCAGAAGGACCUUCUCAACUCCGAAUGGAAGGAUGACUCAUUUCUGACUGACGAGGAAAAGCUCCUCCUUUCUCUUCUGGUGCCAAGAACCCCGACCUCUGCUUCUGUGUGUGUGGAGGGAAGGGGAUCCAUUCCAUUAGGUGUGUCUGCACAUCUGCUUUCAUCUGUGGUGAUGUUCUGACCUCUUUUAAAACAAGAAAGGAAAAAAAAAGUUGAUUUUUCUAUAAUUGUUAUUGAAAACAAAUUUAAAGCUUUUUAUUAAGUAUUAAAUCUUUCUUAUUUGCAUGUGCAGUGAAGUGACCAGCAUUUUGUGUCCAAAAAUGAAAUGAUGUGAAAACUGCCUUAACGUGUUUCUAAGUAUUUGGCUUCACCAUGGGUACCUUGAGUGAUUCCUCAGUCUCUUCUGGUGCAUCUGUGAGCAUAUUGGGGUAACUUGAGGCUAAAAAUGGAUUUAUCUGGGGAGGGGGGUUACGGAGAGGGGAGAAGGUGAGAGUUUCUAGCUUGGAGAAGGUGUUGACUAGGUUUAGCCUUAGAGGAUAAUUUGUGCCUGGACAUCUCAGCUGAGAGUCCAGUAUUAAAGUGGUGGAUUAAAUAUUGUGCCACUAACCAAUUGUACAAGUUGUUGGUAUCCCAAAACUUGGGGAAGAAAGUAGCUCCCAGAGCCUUUUAACAUGUGAGAAUGAUUAGUGCCGGGGAAUUUCCUUUGGGAGUAGUUGAGCUUAGGGAUCUGAAUAGAUUUAAGCUCCUUGAAAAAUAUCCCCUGCCAAAGUGAUUGAUACUGCAUUAACUCUUUCCUUUAAGAUCUGAAAAUACAAACCUCUUUGAUAUUGCUCAUUUGGAGUACUGCAGGAAGACUGAAUUGUAAUUUCCCACGGCUCUACCAGGUGUUGCUUUGACCUGGUACUGUGGCCAGUGAAAAUUCCUUUCCUUUUUGAACAGUCUGUUACGGUUAUUAUUCUGUAAAUCUGUCCUCUUGUAAUUCAUGGUGUUGAAUUAAAUGUUUCUCACAAA